AUGUCGACCAUGGCAAUGAACCUCGAGGCACGCGAGGCCCUGUCGACACUCAUCUUCGCCAUCACCAAGACGGGUGACCUCUACCUCGACCCAGACCAAGUCAAACAAGUCAAAUCCAUUUGCAAAAAGUCGGAUGUCAACGUCUGCACUGCCUACGACCUUCUCAUGAUCCAACUCAAACGCAAGCACGCUCAGAUUCGUUAUUCAAGCACACAGUUGAUCGCAGAACUGUUCCAGAGAUCGCACGUGUUCCGAGAACUCUUGGUGGCCGAUUAUCCUAUCUUCUUGCAACUGACUGUCGGGAUUCAUCAACACCCUCUGCCACCCCCUGUUGUCUUUGCCGACAAGACCAAGAAACUCGCUAUAUCGCUCACGAAUGAGUGGCAUGCCAAGUAUGGACCCGUCUACAAGCAAAUCGUCCUAGGAUAUGAGUUUCUGAGAUAUCACCUUAAGGUUGACUUCUCGAAUCUGGUUCCAGUCACGGAUGAGGCGCGCAGCGCAGAGCAGAGGGCGCAGGAAGAAUUGAGUCGAAGGAUCCGACAACGCAAGUAUGAGAAGGCCGCUGUGGAGAUCGAGGAGAUGUCAGAAGAUAUCCAGGAUAAUGUUCGAAAGAUGGGGUCCUGCUUCGACAUUUUGGUUCCCAAAUUGGACGACGAGAGUGCAUUGAACGCUAUAUUUGGAGCACCUACUGGAAGCAACAUCGACAAGGAACAAGAUGCACAGGGUGACGAUGAUGAGAAUGAAAAUAGCAGGAUGGAACCGGACGACAGUGACAUUGCAGAACAAGAAGCUGCUUGGCGGCAAUACGAUCCGAUGGGGGUGCACGACAAUGCACUGGGCACAAACCGAUACAAGCUGACUAUCAACGUCAACAAGGACAACCCGGUUGACGUUCAGGAAUCAGAAGACAAUGCAGAGGUCUUUACGACAUUGCGGGAGUGCUAUCGUCUUAUUGUGAAGAAGCACUGGCCCAAGGUCACGGAAUGGAUGGACGUGCUAAUGAGAGCAGACCACGAACCUGGAGAGCAGCGAGCGGAAUACGACCGGCUGCUCAAGAAAACGAUCGACUUGAAGAAAAGUGUGACCGAUGCUAAGGGUAAAAGCGAGGAUCUUGGUGUCAACAUGGAGACCAUGUACGGUCCGUAUGAACAUGAUUCUAACGAGGAUGAUGAGGAACUCGAGGAAGUAGAAGUGAUGGCAACCAGUAGCAUCAAGAACAACACAAGGAGCAAAGGAAAGCAGCCUGUCAGUAAUCAACAGAGGCCAGAGGCAAAGAACCCCAAGAACUCUGUCUUUUCGAUGCAUGGGCAAGAUAUCCUGGAAGACGAUCCUACUUAUGCUGGCGGUACUCAUGUGACUCCAGUUCUAGCUGUUCCACGACCUGACACUAACAAAGCAAGGGAUCUGAGGUCGACCACCGCACCCGAGGGCGAGGAGACGAGAGAAGAACUGUUGGCAAGAGCUCCUUUGGUUCCUUGGGACGACGACUUGGCUGUUUGGGACAAGAAGGACAUGGCUUUCAACACCUCUGGAUUGGAAUACUCGCACAGGUUCCUUGGUGUUGGCGACGGAAGCAACUUGGUCUCUCAGGACACUCUCGAUCGGAUGAAAAUGCGGACUCGGAUCUACAACCCUGAGCUACCCAAUGAGAUCAAGGCAUGUCGGUUUCCGAUGAGUAAUGGGCGUCUCUGCAUGCGUCGAGACUUGGUACGAUGUCCUUAUCAUGGUCCGGUUGUCCCACGAGACGAGUUGGGUCAGAUUCAGUUGCCUCCAGGGGAGGGUGGAUUUGUUCGUCCGGGUGAGGAGGAGCUUGAUGACGAACAGGAAGCAGCUCUUAUCGCGAGAGCCAUUGCUGCCGCUGCCGCACCUUCUUCAUCUUCAUCUUCAUCGGCGUCGUCCAGACGACCUGACUCUGGCAAGUCAAAAUCCAAGGAUACCUCUACGUGGGAAGAUAUUGAAGACGAUGUCCAUUUGGCCCUCGGACUUGAAAAGAUUGAAGUACCUCGGAGACGAGGUCAGGGUGUCAAGAAGAAGAAGCCCGUUAAGCCUCCAUCAGCUCUGGUCAACCUUUCCAAACCAGUCGACUCUUCGCGGGCACGGCUCCUGAGACGGGUAGCGACCAAGGCCUCGAAGAAUUCGGUGACCCAGGAUGAAGCGAUUGAAAAGUCAUCUUCUUCCCGGGAUGCACGACUCAAUCGAUGGCAGUAG